AUGGGACUAAUUGAAGCGGUCUAUAUAGCAGACUCCGUUGAUACUUUGAUAUACGAGCAUUUGAUUAAUCCUCAGAUUCCCCCGUUUGAUGCCAUUAUCCACAAGAAAACCAAGGUCGAGAAACAAUCGUUGGCACAAUUUACCAAAGACUCCGAUGACUACGACACAGAACAAUGCGACCUUGUCCGUCCAGCCAUUCCCUUGGACAAAAACUUGGCCUUGUCGCAGCAUACGUACAAUGGUUUACAUUUUUAUGUCUUGUGCAGCUCCCAAAGACCGAAUUCGGAGGUCGAAAGGGACUGUUUCAACCCCGCCCUUCCGUUUGUGUUUAUCACGCGUUUGAUCGAAGUGUUUGAGGACUAUUUUGGCGCUCCUUUGGUGCAGUCAAAAAUUGUCAGCAAUUACGACACCUUGACGCUCUUGUUGAACGAAAUGAUUGAGGAUGGCUAUCCCUUUGUCACCAACUUCAACAAGCUCCGCGAAGUGGUACCGUUCAAAAAUUUCUUGAGCAAUCUCUUGGCCCAAACUGCAAACUUCAGUUCGUCGGCCAACAAGUUGAUCUCGUCCGCCACUGCGAACUUAACUAAUAGCACUCCAAGCUUCCCUUCCGUGCCGUCAGCAGUCCAGAAGGAUGCCAUUCCGUGGCGCCGGUCGAAUGUGAAGCACACCAAAAACGAGUUAUUUGUUGACUUGAUUGAAACGUUGAAUGUGGUAUUGACCCCCAUCAACACUAGUAAAGUUACCCCUAAACCCCCGGGAAUUAUCGGAAGCGCUUUCUACUCUUCCUCCGGCUCUGGCUCCAAAAAGCUCGUACCCACGUUGGCCAACAUCGAUGGUAAGAUUAACCUCACCUGUCAUCUAACCGGUGUGCCCACCUUGCAGCUACUGCUCAACUUGAACAACUUUGACCUCCCAGCGCCUGCCUUCCACCAAUGCAUCAACGUAGAGAGGUGGCAGCAGAAUCCAGGGUAUUUGAGUUUUAUACCGCCGGACGGAAAAUCCACCAUCAUGAAUUACUCCAUCCAUCUAGACGAGGCGCCAGUGCCCAAAAAGCUAUGGAGUAAGUACACCGGGGUCAUGGAUAUAGACUAUCAGACUGGUUUGGGCAAGGAUAAGAACGAAUUUGAGCUUCGCCUCAUCUCGAAGGUCAACGCCUCCUCUAACAUGAAGUCAGAUUUGAGAGGCGUGCCCAACAAGCUUAACUCCAAGUACGUGGAAAACUUGAAGCUCGAAGUAAACUGCGAGGUGUUCCAGGAAAAGGUUUCCACGAUUAAGGGUAUAAGAGUGACGCACGGCGACUUUCAGUACAAGGGUAACGGCCGAGCCGAGUGGGUUUUCCAUAAGAACCUUUUGGUUGGAGCCACGCCGAUUUUGCGAGGCAAAAUUGUGUCGAGCGAUGGGAGCAACGAGGAGCACUACGACGAUAGUGGAUCUGAAAGAAACGGGUUUGACAUCCGUUCCGUGACUGACUCACUAUCCGGUGUAUCGGAACCUCUCUCUCCUACCUAUAUCCGGUUGCAGUAUUCCACCAUUGGUUCCAUCCCCUCUGGGAUCAAGGUCGAGUCAUUGAAGAUUGCGAGCACUCUCGGUGGGGGCGAAGGCAUCAAACCAUACAAGGGGGUCAAAUACAUUACCCGCACGGGUGAUUUCUUCAUUCGCUAA